ACCCGGAGGGGGGUCCUCAGAGAUGGCGUUGGCGAGCGGACACGGCCUGUGGACCCCUCCCUGGGGUUCCGGUUGCCCCGGGGCGGAGACCGCAGCCCCCAUGCCCCCUGCGGCCUGGAGUUUGGCCACAGAAAACGGUCUGCGAGUCGAAGUGUCGCGGCGGCGCACUUGCAGCAAGAAUCGGAAGGAGCAGAAGACCGCGAGGAUAGGCCCAGGAGCAAUGGCGUCCAAAGAGGAACAAGCAGUAAAAAAUCUCAACAUGGAAAAUACCCAACAGGAAAACGAAGGGGGGGACCAGGCCCCUUUAAAGAAUGGAGAGGAAUCAUGCGAUUUGGGAGGGGGUAGAGGCCAGAAGCCUGGAGGAAAUGUCAGGCUGGGACGGGUUAGACGACUUGUCCCUAAUUUUCGAUGGGCCAUACCCAGCAGGCAUAUUGAUCACCAUGAAGUGGGGGAUGAUGUAGAGAAGCACGUAGGGCAGAUGAUGGAAAUCAAGAGAAAGACUAAGAAGCAGCAAAUGAGGCAUCAUGUGCGCCACCAAAUUCCUGAACCUGACAAUCAUUAUGAGUUUUGCCUUAUACCUUGAAUCCUAAGAUUUUCCCUGAGGUCAGUAAUGUGGCCUCUGCUCUACAUGCUUGUAGUUUUUGUGAUUUACUUUUUCUGUAAACCUUUUGGUGUUUCCACUUACCAGUUUCUAAUUGAAUAUUGCUUUAUCUGUAAAACUUUCUGUCAGCAGGGCAAUUUCAUCCAGUUAUAAGAAAAAAUAUUCUUUUCAUAAUAUGAAAUUAAUAAAGCAGUUUAAAAAGCAA